AUGGGCAAGAAGAAACGCGUGAGUGAUGUGGAGACGACGCCGGAGCUGAGCUUCGUGCAGGGCGGUGUCCUCAACACGAUCAUCCUUAAGGGGGCGGAGGGGAUGCAGCAGAUCGCGGUGGACACCGCCGCAUUCCUCGAGGACAAACGGGUGGUGCGUAGCACGAACAUGGAUCAGGUGACCUUCUCCCAGAAUGUCAUCUUCAAGGUCACCCUUGACUUUGCCGAGGCAAUGCCGUGCGUUCCCGAGAUCGCGGUGCGCGAGUCAACAGACUGGAUGCUGCUCAGCUGCACCGGAAACCACGCGCACUACUCGACGGUAGACCAGCGCCUCAUUCUUCAGCAGUGUAAAGCAUCCCUGCAGAGCAACAUACCGGAGCUGGAGUUUCCCAUCUACCUUGUGCUGCGGUUUGACGAUGAUCAGUGGGUCGUCGAGCGCGUUGUUCGCUAA